AUGGGAAAGAAUGUCAUCUUUAUGUUGCUGGCAAUCGUCUACUUGCUUAUCAACGUUGUUACAUCUCUAAAUAGCUCCACCGAUGAGUAUGCUCUUCUAGCUUUCAAAUCUCAAAUAACUUCCGAUCCAAAUAAAAUCUUGGAAAAAAAUUGGUCACAUGGAACCUCGUUCUGCAAUUGGAUUGGCAUUACUUGUGGCAGGAGACAUCAAAGAGUUAGGGGCUUAAAUCUAGCAGAUAUGGGUUUAGGAGGAAUUAUUGCUAAAGAAAUUGGUGAACUCUCUUUUUUGAGAUCCUUAAUUAUUAGCAAUAAUAGUUUUCAUGGGUUUAUCCCUAAUGAAAUUGGUAAGCUCAAGCAGCUUCAAGAAAUAGAGAUGCGGAGCAAUGGAUUCACCGGAAAUAUUCCUAACAGGAUUUUCAACCUCACUUCUCUAAUUGAAAUUAAUUUUCGAAACAAUAGUCUCUCAGGAAGUCUACCUAUGGAUAUUUGCUUCAAUCUUCCAAACCUAGAGAGGCUAAGUAUUUCAGAGAAUCAAUUGAGUGGCAACAUUCCUCCAGGCUUGGGAGCUUGCAUGAAUCUUAAACGACUUUCUGU